GUGUAAAGCAAUCUUUCUAGUGGCAACAACAUUGCUGGUCCUUCUGCAGAUUCCGUUUAUCAGUGAGCUUCAUCUUUCUUGUUUUCUUUUUAUUUGUUCUUCAAUAGCAUGUGUAAGACUCGAGCCCCGAGUCCGAUUUUCACGUUCUGAAAGACUAAGGACACACAUUUCCUGAGCAAAUGAGACUAGACUAGACCGAGAACCAUGUCCCAUAGAAGAGGUGGCCCAGAAAUUUAGAAAUAGGACCGGAAAAAACACGCUUCUUUUCCUCUCUCAUGUACACACCAAGAACAACUUGAGUAAAACUAUCAUUCUUAAGCCCUGUUCAGUCCCACGAACUAAACACUGCCUGAAGGUUUCAUCUUAGGCAUUCCUCUGUAUUUGAGCCCUAGAAUUAAAAUGCUAAUUUUUAAUGAUCAUUGCAGGUGCAAUUGGUAUUAAUUAUGGACUGAAUGGAGACAAUCUUCCAGCCCCACCGGCAGUUGUAGGCCUUUAUGAACGAUGCCACAUUCCAUCUGUUCGGCUCUUUGAACCAAGACCAGAAGUGCUUCAAGCAUUGAGAGGGAAGCCUUUACAAGUUAUUCUGGGUACAAGAAACGAGGACAUACAAAGCCUUGCAACAACCCUUGAUGCAGCUAAUUCAUGGGUGGCCGCUAAUAUUGUCCCCUACAGAUCUGAUGUUAACUUCACUUAUAUUACAGUAGGCAACGAGGCGAUUCCAGGGGCUAUGUCACAAUAUAUCGCACAGGCCAUUGCCAACAUGUAUACUGCACUUGCUGAUGCAGCCAUUACUUAUAUUAAAGUGUCGACUGUUGUUCCGGGAAGUUCACUUUCAAUCUCUUACCCUCCAUCAGCUGGUGCUUUCACUCAUGAAGCAGCUGCUGUUAUAAGUAGCAUUGUACCUAUGUUGUUGAACCACGGAGCAUCCCUCAUGCUCAACGUGUACCCUUAUUUUGCCUAUGCCUCGGACACAAAUAGUAUGUCAUUGGACUAUGCCUUACUCAGGCCGGGGGCUCCGUUAGUCGGCGAUCAAAACCUUGUGUAUGAAAAUAUCUUUGAUGCCAUGGUUGAUGCAUUUUAUGCAGCUUUGGAGAAGAUUAGCGAGCCUGGUCUUACGGUUGUUAUAUCUGAGAGUGGCUGGCCUACUGCUGGCAAUGAACCUAUCACAAGUCCAGAAAAUGCACGGACAUAUAACAGAAACUUAUUGAAUCAUGUACAGGAAGGAAGAGGCACUCCACGGCGGCCAGGCCAACCUCUUGAUGUCUACUUUUUUGCAAUGUUCAACGAGGAUCUGAAGCAGGCUGGGAUUGAGCAGCAUUGGGGUUUCUUCUAUCCAAAUAUGCAGCCUGUUUAUCCAUUUUGGCAAUGCUCGUGA